AUGGCUCUCUCAAAAAAACGUUGUUACCCAGCGGGUUUCGAUAUAUCUUUUAACGAUGAACAACUUAAUUCUGUUGUGGAACAUUGGCCCCGCUUCAUCACACUUGAAGCACAAAUAUCAGACCAACAUACGAAGCCUUUAACAAAGGUAUCGCCAUUUGUCAUUCAAAAAGGUAUUCAAGGCAUCAUCGGUACUCCCAAAAAUGUCAAAAAGUUGAAAUCUGGUGCUCUACUUAUUGAAGUUACCAAAAAACAACAAUCAACUUCCUUGUUAGGUUUAAAAAUGCUUGCCGAUAUUCCUGUAGUGGGUCAAAUCCACAGUGGACUAAACCAAAGCAAAGGCAUACUGUUCGACAGAGAUCAUGACCUGGAUGACAUUCCUGAACAGGAGAUCCAAUCUGAAUUGGAAUCCCAGGGAGUGAUCUCUGUUAAACGAUUUACCAAAAAACGGAAUGAUAUUAUCGAACCAACAAAUACAUACCUUUUGACUUUUGGCAUGCCAACACUUCCUACAAACAUAAAGGUUGGCCUCUACCAAAUGAAAAUCGAGAUGUUCGUUCUAAAUCUGCUGCGUUGUUUCAAAUGUCAGCGGUUUGGACAUGGACAAUCCAAUUGUAAAGCCUCUGAAGCAUGCUUCAAGUGUGGUGAAGAGGGACAUGAUGGUAAAAGUUGUCAAAAAGACCCAAAUGCAGAAACUGUAAGGGCGGGCACAUGGCUUCCUCUAAACAUUGUCCAAUUUGGAAAAAAGAGAAAGAGAUACAAAAGGUAA